UUUGAAUCCAUCAAGUCUCAAAUGACACACUACCAAGUGUUUAACAAGUCAAGGUCUUCUUGCCAAGCCAACCAUAUGGAAUCAUGAGAAAAACUUUAAGAACAGCCUUGUCAAGGCAUGCAUCAUUGCAUUUCUGUAUAAAAAGCUUUAACAUGUGAUAAACCAACUGUGGCAACGCAAUUCUUCGCAUAGCCAGCUCAAGAUCAUACCUCUCUCUCUCUCUCUCUCUCUCUCUUUCUUGGCUCACAAAAUGGAAUCCAUGUCUCAGAAACAGGCUAGGGGAAGGUUACAGCUUCCAACAAGACAAGCACAUGGUGAGGGCAGUAGGGUUAGAAGAAAUAAUCAAGUUGUAUCAAUACCUCCUAGGCCACGCUCAACUUGUACUUGCUUAAACCGUCCGGGGUCGGCCAGGUGUAGCAAGCAUGGCUACAUGGUGCCCGGUGACAGGUUGAUGAGAAGACAUCAAGCAAAUAAAGAGAUAUUAAGAAGGGCAUUAGCACCACCAAAUCGGAGGUUAACCCUUCGGUGGUUUACCUUCCGGCCAACGCCUAGUCGGCUUUCUAACAUGUCCAUGGCCUAGUUAAUUUGCAAUAUCUUGCUUCGUCUUUUUUCUUCUUUCGCGAGGGAGUUUGAACAGAUGGCUGUUCUGUAUUUUUCUCAAAAAACGAUUUUGUCUAUAUGUGAACUAAUUAACAGCAGUUCUUUUUCCUUUUUAAACAUCUUAUGACUACUACAUUAAUACGGCAUCGUUGUUUUUCAAGCUUCUGGGAAAUCAUAUAUCUGCUUGGAUAGUCGAUGUAAUCUUGACACUUUCAUACGGUAUUGGUAUGCUUCGUUGAAUAUUCAACUGAGAAUGAUUAAUGAAUUAGUUCUUGAAGUUGUGUUGAAUUUAGAAA